AUUUUUCAUUUUUGGCUAUAGUUUACACCUUUGCUGCAAAAAACACACACACACACUUAAGACACAUAAUCAUGUCAGCACCUCAUUCUGGAAUCACUGCCGAAUCCCUCAAGGAAACCAUUACUGAGCAGCUUCAAGCUGAGCAUGUUGAAGUUGUUGAUCAAUCUGGCGGUUGCGGUCAAAUGUUUGAAGUGAUUAUUGUAUCGCCUAUUUUCCGUGAAAAAAAGCUACUAGCUCGACAUCGAUUGGUCAAUGAGAUGCUCAAGGAUCCGAUUAGUAAAGUCCACGCGUUUUCACAGAAAUCAUACACACCAGAAGAAUGGGAAAAGAAGCAGCAGCAGCAGCAGCAACAACAACAAUAAUAAUAAGAAUUGCUAUCUAGAACAGGAAUAUCAGAAGCAAAGAAGAAAAGAAAAACGGACAAAUACAUACAAAAACGCCCAAUGUCUUUGGGAUGAUACCGCUAAUUUGUAUAUCAGAUAACACACGUUGUCGGUAUUACUGUUUGCUUAUUUGCUCGAUUCGGGAGUACGGCUAUGGCGUUUGACCAGUUUGUGUUUACGAGGAAGAGGAAGACCAAUCCACGAUGUGAUUCAACUAAUGACCGGAUCAUACAUACUCAUCCAACUCGAGAGUGAUAUGCUGGAGCAACAAAAAGAAAGGUCGUCUUUCAUGCGGAUCAAAGCCGUCAAUUCUCGUGCGGGAUUAGAGGUGUACCCGGUUUAUAUGGUUCUCCUAUUUACCCUAUAUAACAACAGAUAUUGCAACAUGGGAUCAGCCCCAACCGAG